AUGAACAAGAAGGAAAAUGGAACAAUUGGAUUUUGGACUCGCCCCCGGCUACGUGUCCUUUGGACCCUUCGCCCGCCCGCCACCAGUGGAAGCAAGCUAGCCCCCUAUGUUGGAAAGUUGGGGGAAGAGUGCAUUUCCAUCGCGAAAGAUUCAAUCCAGCCACAGGUUCCCCUACGGCUACCUUGUUACGACUUCACCCCAGUCGAAGACCCCACCGUGGUAUGCGCCAAUAAGACCACCAAAGGCCUUUGUGGCACUAGUGUGCCACAGAAGUCAUGGGUGAUCAUUGGUCCGAUGCUUCGGGCGAAACCAAUUCCCAGGGUGUGA